AUGCAAUGUCGCCAAAGACAAUCUGAAGAAAAAGAACAAAUUUCUGAGCCCGUUAUUGUUGAUACUAAGAAAGAGGAAACUGAAAAAAUUGAAUCGUGUGAAAAAAGUGACGUGAAUAGAUCACAUUCUACUGAUAGCGAUGAACAAUCAAAGCAUUUAAAAACAGAAAACUCUGAAUCUGUAUUGGACGAAGUCAAUGUUGAUGAAUUUGCUGUGAGAAUAAAAAUUCACUCAAUUGAAGCACAAGGUGCUUGCACUCACGAAGUUGCAGUGCCUCCUAAUCAAGAAUAUGUACCUUUGGUAAAAGGUAAUUGUCCACGUGCAAAAGAAUACAAAUUUGUACUAGAUGCUUUUCAAGAAGAAGCCAUAUUGUGCAUUGAAAAUAAUCAGUCAGUUUUAGUAUCUGCCCAUACUUCAGCUGGAAAAACUGUAGUAGCAGAAUACAGUAUAGCUAAAUCUCUUAGAGACAAACAAAGGGUUAUUUACACAACUCCAAUUAAAGCAUUAAGUAAUCAAAAAUUUAGAGAAUUUACAGAAGAAUUUGGUGAAGUAGGUUUAAUCACUGGGGAUGUAACCAUUAAUCAAAAUGCAAGCUUGUUGAUUAUGACAACUGAAAUUUUGAGAAAUAUGCUUUAUAGAGGAUCUGAAGUUAUGAGAGAGGUUGGUUGGGUUAUUUUCGAUGAAAUUCAUUAUAUGAGGGACAAAGAAAGAGGUGUUGUUUGGGAAGAAACUUUAAUUUUACUCCCAGACAAUGUUCAUUAUGUUUUUUUAUCGGCUACAAUACCCAAUGCCAGACAGUUUGCAGAAUGGGUUGCACACUUGCAUAAUCAACCAUGUCAUGUCGUUUACACAGAUUACAGACCGACACCUUUGCAACAUUACAUAUUUCCUGCUGGAGGAGAUGGAAUACAUUUGGUUUUAGAUGAAAAUGGGAAAUUUAAAGAAGAUAAUUUUAAUACUGCAAUGGCUGUUUUGCAAAAUGCAGGAGAUGCAGCUAAAGGUGACAGACUCAAUCGAAAUAAUGCUAGGGGUUCUAAUGCUUUCAAAAUUGUCAAAAUGAUAAUGGAGAGAAAUUUUGCUCCGGUUAUAUGUUUUAGUUUUAGUAAAAAAGAUUGUGAAGCAUAUGCAUUGCAAAUGGCAAAAUUAGAUUUUAAUUCAGUCGAAGAGAAAAAACUCGUGGAUGAAGUUUUUAAUAAUGCCAUGGAUGUUUUAAGCGAAGAAGACAGGAAAUUACCCCAAGUAGAAAACGUAUUGCCUCUGCUAAGAAGAGGAAUUGGAAUUCAUCACGGAGGUCUUUUACCAAUUUUAAAAGAAACAAUUGAAAUUUUAUUUGCCGAAGGACUUAUUAAAGCCUUAUUCGCCACUGAAACUUUUGCCAUGGGAUUAAACAUGCCUGCCAGAACUGUACUUUUUACCGGUUGUCGUAAAUUUGAUGGAAAAGAUUAUAGAUUCGUAACUUCGGGGGAAUAUAUUCAAAUGUCGGGAAGAGCCGGGAGACGUGGUUUGGAUGAUAAAGGAAUCGUAAUUUUAAUGAUAGAUGAACAAGUGAGUCCUUCCGUGGGAAGAGAAAUUGUCAAAGGAGCUCCCGAUCCUAUUAAUUCAGCAUUUCAUUUAACGUAUAACAUGGUUUUAAAUCUUCUAAGGGUUGAAGAAAUCAAUCCUGAAUACAUGCUUGAAAGAAGUUUUUAUCAAUUUCAAAAUCAAUCCGCCAUACCUCAAAUUUACGAAAACGUUAAAAAAACGCUUGAAGAAUAUGAAAAAAUAAUUAUUCCAAAAGAAUCUCAAGUAGCUUCAUAUUUUAGUAUAAGAGAACAAUUAAAAGAUUUAGGAAAACAAUUUCAAACAUUUUUAACGAAGCCAAAUUAUUUAUUACCAUUUUUGCAGCCUGGUCGACUUGUGAAAUGUGAAGAUUUAGAAUUCGAUUGGGGAAUGAUUGUCAAUUAUAAAAAUCGCGAAAAUUUCGAUAAAGACAAUCCAUUGAAAAGUUCUCCCCGUUUGAUAUUAGUAGAUAUAUUAUUACACUUGGACGAAAAUUACAAGGAACCUGAUAUAAGGCCUUGUCCGAAAAAUGCAAGAGGCUCGUGUGAGGUUGUUCCUGUUUUACACACCUUGAUCACUCACAUCAGUUCGAUUCGGUUAAAAACUCCGAAUGAUUUAAGAUCUGCCGAUGCCAAACGAAGCAUAAUUAAAACAAUUCAGGAAGUUAAAAAAAGAUUUCCCGAAGGAUUACCUCUCCUUGAUCCAAUCGUAGAUAUGAAAAUCAAAGAAAAAGUUUUCUUGGACAUUGUCAAAAAAAUAACCACGUUCGAAGAAAGGCUUUUCGAUCAUCCCCUUCACAACGAUUCCAAUCUGGGUAAUUUAUUUGAUUUGUACUCGAAGAAAGGGGAACUGGGUGUUAAAUUAAAGGAGUACAAAACGCAAUUUAAAAAAGCAAAAUCCCUCUUGCAAAUGAACGAAUUAAAAUGCAGGAAAAGAGUUUUAAGGAGGAUGGGAUACUGCACGGCUUCGGACGUUAUCGAAACGAAAGGGAAAAUCGCUUGCGAAUUAAGCAGCGGCGAAGAACUCCUUCUCACGGAAUUAAUAUUCAACGGAGUUUUUAACGAUUUAUCAGUUGCUCAAUGCGUUGCUUUACUCAGUUGUUUUGUUUGCGACGAAAAAUCAUCGGAAUUACCCAAAUUAACAGAUCAAUUGUCCGGACCUUUAAAAGAAAUGCAGAAUUUAGCACGUAGAAUAGCUAGGAUUUCACAGGAGGCCAAGCUUGAAAUAGACGAAAACGAUUACAUAAACGGAUUUAAACCGUAUUUGAUGGAUGUUAUGUUUGCCUGGUGCAACGGUGCUAAUUUUGGAAAAAUAUGUCAAAUGACGGAUAUUUACGAAGGAAGUAUAAUUCGUGCCAUGAGACGUUUAGAGGAAAUGUUGCGACAAAUGGUACAAGCAUCUAUAAGUAUCGGAGAUCAAUCAUUGAUAGAAAAAUUUAACGAAGGAAUCAAAGCAAUAAAAAGAGACAUUGUUUUUGCGGCUAGUUUGUAUUUAUAA